UAUUAACCUUUUGGAAGUUGAUGUUUGGGUAUUUCGGUGUGAAAAUGUCGCUCAAUCGGGGCAUCGGUAGUGUACAGUACAUGACAAAAAGGACACCGAAAAACGUAAAGUUUCAACAUGUCAAAACCCGGCUGGACACAGGAUGCAGCCUUUCAAAAUAUCUGGAAAAACUGGAGGAGAUUAACAAAAAUUACCGGUAUCGAAAAGAUGAAAUCUUCAAGCGGUUAAAGGUGACAACGUUUGCACAAUUGGUACUUCAGGUAGCCUCCGUAUCGGACCUGAAUGAAAGUGAGAUUGAUGGUGAAUUGCGCGGCCCAGAAGACCGUCUGUCCGUGGUGUCUGAUGCCGACCUGGAGUGCCUGUCUGAACACACCAACGGCUCCCCACAGGCGUCGCCUCAUUCAGAUCGGCAGGAUGCAGGAGACACCGGGGAAAUCUGCUACUCCACCAGGUCCACACUGCUGAGUGUUAUUAGUGGUGUGGGGGAGCUGAACGUGGACAGGAACCAUCAGGAGACGGAGAACGAGUCGGUGUCGCGCCCCGAGCUCGCUGACAGGCCCUACCCCGACUGCCCCUACCUGCUGCUGGACGUGCGGGACCGCGACCAAUACGACUGCUGCCACAUUAUCAGCGCACACAGUUUCCCCAUCGCCACGCUGUCUCGAACAAUGAACCCCUACACCAAAGGUGUGCUGGAAUACAAAAAUACAGCAGGGAAGAUCAUUAUCAUGUACGAUGAGGAUGAGAGGAUGGCCAGCCAGGCAGCCACCGUCAUGUGUCAACGAGGGUUUGACAAUCUGUUCCUGCUGUCUGGAGGUUUAAAGGUAAUCGCUCAGAGGUUUCCAGAAGGGAUGACGAUGGGCUCCAUCCCGACCUCGUGCCUGUCCUCCCCCACGUCGCUGAGGGCGAAGAGGAGCUCUGUGCCGCCGCCGUCGCUACCAGCAGAGAAGAGGUGGCGGUUCACGUCAGACGAGCUCACCAAGAUCCAGGAGCAGCUGGAGGAGAUACUCAUCCCCAGUAACUCCAACAGCUGCAUGUCCAGCCGCGCAUCAAGCAGCAGCAGCAGCAGCUCCACGUCUAAAGCCUCCAGCGCUCGGAGUCGACAGAGUUCCUCUGCAUCUGGGACGGACAUCGCCAGGGUUCAGAGCAGCAGACCCUGGAAAUAACCCCCCCCCAACCACGCAGAUGUACACAAACAAACAAACCUCCAACACAAAGUCCAUAACGAACAUAACGACAUCUAGUUUCAUUGUAAUACUGCGUUCUCUUCCACCUCUGGAGAUAUUACGUCAGACUGAAGUAUUUUCCCCUUGAAGCUUGUUUUUUUUCUCUUAUAUUUAAUAAAUGCUGAUAUGUGAAUGUUUGCACAGUGCCUCGUCUGUGAACCUGAGAACCGAUGGAGUUUUUUUGCACUCAAAUACAUUUUUCAUGUCGCACUAUUACAGAUAAUCACUUCAUUCUGUUCAAAUCUGUUUGGACAUUAUUUUGUCCAGAGAGGUCCAGCUUAACUCCAUCAGUGUGACAGCCAACAAAAACAAAAUGGCAUUGGUGAAAUGAAGGACAUGCUGGGAAACUAUGUAUUACAUGAGAUGUAAUUUAUAUAAUGUCAAAGAGCUUGAUCCAUUUUGUAAAAUUAAGAAAAGCUCUUCUGUAUUUUUGUAAUUUUCCUCCACAUUGUCACAUGUUGUGAAUCCUAAACCGACGGCCUUCAUGAGCAGCCUUCUUAUGCAGUGACCUGACUGGUUGUGUGUGUGUGUGGAUUAAAGUAAGUUGCGAUCACACUAACUGAUGAGCCGACACCUUCAGACAGACAGACGGAUCGUUAUCGCAGCGUCACUGAAGGAAGGAAACUGGCUGUAACCGAAGCACAAGCAGCACUUCAGUGACGGACGCAUUGGUGAACAGUAUUGCUAAUGUGUGGCCUUUGGAUUUGAUGGCAUGUUAGUGACUUAUUGUUGAUCUGUUUUCUCUGGAUUCACUCACAGUCUAUAAGUACAUUUAUUGAAGGUAUGGACGACAGUCAGUCUUAACUCACAUGAACAAUCAGAUCACAUGACUUUCUUUGUAAAUUAAUGUUAAAUAAAGUGUAUAAUUGUUUGCUGUAUCGUUUCCUCGUCUUAAUGAGUCCGAAAUGUUGACAGCAAAUCGCAAAAGCAGCUAAAUGAUUUAUAUUCAAUGGCUUAUAAUUAAAUCUUCUGUUGAGAGAGAGGCUGAUGUAAUUCAGUAGUUUACUGGAUGAGGAAUGUAACAUCCUCUUACUCUGAUCACAUCUGGGUAAAAACAGAAAUGUAAACAAGGAAAAAUUGUUACCCAUAAGAAUAAGAUAAGAUUGGCACAAAAAGUGACAGGAUCAGGAUGAGAUAGGGAGAGAUUUAUACUCUGUAUUUAGUUAUUUAUGUUCUUUGACCAGCUCUGAGUAGAGAGAGGUUUAAAGGAUGUGUAAAUAAUACAGAAAGGUGUGAAAUGAGGACAUGUCUUAUGUGCAUAAACAUGGACAACGUGCACCCAAUUAAAAAGAUUUGAAAUCAUGAAGUUUUCAAGUGUGCUUAUUUAUUCGUCUGUGAUUUUCAUUGUCCGAAGAGUCAUGACGUAUGCUGACGUAUUUACAGAUGAUGUUUGCCAACAAUAU